GGUAUUCUAUGUUGUGAGGUGUCCAAUAUUCUCCAUUUUUGUCAGAUGUGGUAGGAAAUUUGCAGAUUGUUUCUGAUUUAUGACAUCUCUUCUUGAUAAAAAGGCAUAAUGUUUAAAAAAUUAAAGCAAAAAGUGCAGGAAGGAGUGAAUACUGGUAGUCAGAUUCUCCAACAAAGUAAAAAUAACAUUUUAAACAGGGAUAUUUCUGCCAGUCAGGAAAAGAUCUCUGAAAGACAAUAUGAUCAAGUUUCAAAAGAACAAAGUAGCACCCAUGGCCCUUUAAUCAACAUAGGGGAUACAUCUCAGCAUUCUGUAGAUUCUAACCCAGCAAUACCCCAGCAAAAUCAUCCUGAUGGGGAUCUUGUUGAAUUGAAUGAACCACCAGCAACUUUGGAUUUGAGUGGACAGAAUUAUUUUGCAGAUAGUGAUGUGAGUUUUCUAACGACUGACGAAAAAAAGGCGCAAAUACCUCGUUCAAGAACCGAUUCAAUUUCGUCGCAAGCUUCUGACCAAUUUUUCGGUAUUCCUAUUUCUCCGUUCACCCAUACACACAUGCCUUUAGCCAGUGAUGUUGAAAGCACCGCAAGUGAGAUUGAUGAUUCUUCUGUGAAGAGUUUCGGAACGUUAAGUAAAGAACAAAUAUUGAAUAAUUAUGCGAAAAUUGUAAAGAGAUGCGAAAAAUAUAAAAUAAGAUUUAAACGACUAGCUGAAGCUUAUCGAGAAACAGAAAAGGAACGGGAAAAAUUACAAAAUGUACUCACUGCUUCACAAGAUAAGGCAAUCAGAAAAAUAUCAGAAUUUAAAGAACAAGCAAAACUAGACGCUCUAGCCAAACGAGAUAUACAACAAAAUUAUGAACUACUGUUAGAAGAAAAAGAUGAAUAUAUCUUUGUUUUAAAAACUCAGAUUGGACUAUUAAAGGAAGGACAAUCAAUUCCUGAUGAUUUGCAAGCUAAAACUGAGUCAGUUGAGAAGUCGACGGCAGUGAAAGAAGAAAAAGCUAAAUCUCUUAUGAGUGGGUCAGAACAAGCAGCUGAUGUAUCCUUGAAAGAAUAUUCUGAUAGAGUGAAAAAAUUGGAGAAUUUAUUGGGAAAAUGUAAAGAAACCAUACAGCAAAAACGAGUGGAAUGCGCUCGGUUAAAUCAAGAUAAAGAAGAUAUUGAAAAUAAACUACGAACUCUUCAAGAAGAAAAUGAACAAUUAAGAGUUUGUGAAGUUGACACGAAGAAAAAAGUUCAAAAGCAGUUAUUAGAUGCUCGUCAGAUAAUGGAAGAAUUGGAAAGUAGUAAGGCAAUGGCAGUUGCUGAAGUAAAAGCCGAAUUACACUCUCAACUACAGAUCACUGAUGAAGAAUUAUCGAAAACAAGGGAAACUUUUAAAAUUGCACAAAAAGAAAUUGAGAAUUUACAGGAAGCGAACUCCAAAUUAAAGCAGUCAUUCACAGAACAGUUGGAAAAAGCAAAAUCUAUAAUAUCUCGACUAAAGAAUGAAAAAGCUCAGUUGAAGGAGGAUUUGCAGACAAGACUUGAGACAUCUGAACACUCUUUAGACGAAGAAAAAGAAACUGUAGUACAUGAACUGAAAAGAGCGAAAACACAAGCUUUGGAAGUGAUGCAAAGUGAACAUGAUGAACAAAUAAAAAUAAUGAAAGAUUGCCAUAAUAAGGAACUGAAUGAAUUAAGAGAAAAAUUGACUGAAGAAUUUAAUGAAAGAGAUAUAUUAAAUCAAAAGCAGUUGGAGGAAGCAAAGCUUCAAAUUGAAAAAGCCAUUCAAAACAAACAGGAUGAACUUAGUAAAUUGUUAAUUGAGAAGGACGAAGAAUGUAGAAGAAUGUUACUUGAAAAAAAUGAUGAAAUGAGGCUAGCACUUGAAGAGAGGGAAUUGCGAAAAAUGGCUGUUGUAUCCAAACAAGAUGAAGAAAACGAUGUUCUGAGUGCAAAAAUAGCUCAUUUAGAAACGACUAACUUACAGCUAGAACAAGAUAUGAAUGAUUUGAAAGAAAAGCAUAAACUCGAAAUUGAAAAAUUUGUUUUCAAAAUUGAAGAAAAUGCUACACGAAAAGCGGAAGAUUUAUUAGAAGUAAACAGAAAGCAUGAAGAGGAACUAGAAAAUUCUAAGAGGUCGAUCGAAGAGAGUUUUGAACUGAAAUUUAUGGAAAUGGGACAGAGUAGAAAAGAUGAAAUAGACACUUUAGUGGCAAAAUACGAAGAAUUACUCAGAAAUAAUUCAUCUGAAUUGGAUAAUGACUAUGGAAAGCAGAUGGAGAUACUGAAAACUCAAAAUAAUCAAGCACUUGGCGAACUGCAAUCAUCUCUCAAUCAAUCUUCACGAAGAGUGAAUGAAUUAAUCAGUGAAAACGAAGAACUAAAGGAGAAAAUAAAAACAAAUGAGCAUGACUUAGAAGAGACAGUGGAAAAACAUUCAAGUGUCUUAUCCAGUUUGAACGAAAAACUUCGAAGUAGCUCGGAAGAUUAUGAAAAGUUAAUGAAAGAAUAUAAUAAUUUACAAUCUCAGCACAAAGAAAAAUUAGAUGAAUUAAAUUCCAAUAUACAAGAGCAUGUUACGACUAAUGAAAAGUUAAGAAACACUGUUUCAGAGUUGGAAAAUAAUUGCAAAGAUUUGCUAACAUCUUUAGAAGAUAAAUCUAAACAAUUCGAAGCAAAAUUAAAUAAUGCUAAUGAACAAUGGGAAAAGAAGUUGGAAAAUGAACUACAAAUUCUGCAGAAUGAGUGCAGAAGAAAAGUAGAUGCUUUAGAAAUACAACAGCGCGAAAGCGAAGAAAACGUAAAUAAUGAAUUAAGUAAUAAGCUUUCUGAAGCUAAUGCAACUAUUAGUGGCCUAGAAAAAGAUGUUUUAUCGGAGAAGGAGAAUAGUGAGGUCUUAAGAUGUGAGAUCGAAAAUUUCAAACAAGCUGAAAAUUCCCACAAAGAAAUCAUCAAUGAUUUAAAGCUUCGACUUCAAGAUUAUGAUGACAACUUAGAAAGUGAAAGAAAAAAACUGGCUGAAAUGUUAGAAGAAUUAGCAGCUAUGUCCGAUAAUGAAAAUUUACUGAAACAAAAACUAGAGUCUAAUGAAGAGGAAUAUAAGCAAAAAUUAAAUGAAAUUGAAAUGCAAAGGUCUAAAGAAGUAGAAAAUCUGAAUAAUUGUAUAUCUGAAAACCAGAAAGCCCUACAUGAUGUACUUGAAGAACUGAAUGAUAGUAAAAGUCGCCUAGAAAGCUUUGAAAUUAAAAUUAAUGAAUUAGCAACCGAAAAUGAGAAAUUAGUCGAUCAUGCCCAGGUUAAAGACAAAGAAAUUGAAAAAAAUAGUGCAGAAAUCUCUGAAAAGGUUCGACUACUGGAAUCAACUUUGGAAACUAGAGAGGAAGAAGUUUUAAGAUAUCAGAAAGAAAAGGAGGAUCAAACUAAGACUCUUGAAUCUGCCAAUGAUCGCUUAAAAACUCUUGAAGAAAGUUUGACUAGUUGGAAGACGGCUGCUGAACAAAAGGAAGGAGAACAAGGUUCUCUCUUAGAAAGGCUAUCAGAGCUCGAGCAAUAUCAAGCAGAUUCUAAAGAAGAUUUUGAAAUAAAACUGGCAGAGAUCCAGUCCGAAAAAGAAGCAAAGGAAGUUCUCCUUAAAGACUUGUAUGUGCAAUUAAACGACUCAAAUAAAGAAAUGUUGGAAAAGAACACUAAGAUUGACCAACUUGAAAGUAAAGUUAGAGAUUUUGGUUCACAUUUGGAACUGCAAGCAUCUCAGCAAAAAGAGAGAAUAGUUGAAGUAGAAAAGGUUAUAACAGAGCGCAAUGAAACAGUGAAAUGUUUAGAAAAUGAGUUAAAAAAAAAGCAAGAGGAAAUCACCAAUUUGCUAUCAAUGAUUCAGACUUAUGAAGAAAAUAUCAAAGAAGUUGAAAGCCUUAAAAAUGAUACAGAAAAAGAAAGAGAAGAUAUUAUUAAAGAAUAUCAAAAUCAUAUUGAAAAUUUACAAGUAAAAUUACAACAAGAGGAACAUAAUAUGAUUCAGUUUAAGGAUAGUGUUAAAAAACAGUUUGAACAAAAUCAAACACGUGUAAAAGAAACCAUUGCAAAGAUGAAGAAAAAGUCUGACGAAGAAAUAGCUGAUAGGGACGAAAUUCAUCAAAGGAAAAUUGAGCGUUUCAACAAAGAAAAACAAAAAGAGAUUGACGAAGCAGUUCGAACAGUAAAGAAAUCCGUUGAAGAUGAAUUAAAUUUUCUAAAAGCAGAUUUAGAAUCAUCUAGAAUUAAGAGUAGUGAAUUGUCUGCCCAAUGGCAAUCUGAGAAACAGGCCCUUUUAAGUUGCUCAGAUAGUGUUCGAGGCGAAAUUGCUAUACUGACGGAAGAGAAGAAGCAAUUAGAAAAGGAAAUCGAUGAUUUAAAUAAAACGAUAAAGGAUUUUGACUCAUCAGAGUCAAAUUACAAAACGACAAUUGAUGAUCUUAACAACCAAAUCGAAGUGCUUAAAAAUGAUUUUACGGACAAACUGGAUAAAGUUAAAGAGAAGCAAUCGAAAGACUUGGAGGAAUUGACAAAGUCCCAUUCUUUAGAACUGGAGGAAAUACGAAAAGAACAAGAUAAAGCCGUAGAGUCAUCAUCCAAUGCUGAAGUAAAAUUUCAAAAGCAAUUCCAAGAGUUGAAGGAAAAAGCCAAAUCGAAGUUAUUAGAUAUGAAAAGAAGCCAAGAGGCUAAAGAAGCUGACUACAAUAUAAAAUUAUCGGAACUUGAAUCGAAAUUACAAGAACAAAAAACGAACUCAGCUGAUCUUGAAAAUAAACUAGAAAAAACGAGCCAUGAGUUUAAGGAAGUUACUGUUAAGUAUGAAGAAACUGAAACACGGUUGAGAGAAAUGACAGAAAAUGAUUCUACUUUGCAAAAUCGAUUGUCGGAAUUGAAAGAUAAGCUGCAAAUUGUAACAGAGAAAUUAGAAAUUGUUACUGAAAAUGAAAAGCAAUUCAAAAUGAGAGAAAACGAAUUAGAAUUGGCCUUGCAAGAUAAAAAGAGAGAAAUUGAACUUAUUUCUGAAACUUUAAACACUAGGCAAUCUGAAGAAAACGAAUAUGAAAAAUUAAGAGGCGAAAUUGAACAAAAAAAUGUUAGUUUACAAGAUCUACAAAUUGAGAUAGAAAAUCUAAAAAAAUCAUUGUUAGAAGCAAAUACUCACAACAAUGAACUGGUUAAUGCCGAAAAAGCCAAAUUAUCAUCUAUCAAAGAUUCGACUCAGGAAAAAAUUAAGAAACUUCAAAAGAAUUUGUCAGAAAAGGACGAUCGUUUAGAAGAAUUUAAGGAAACCUUAUCGCAAAUGAGGCUUCAAUUUGACAGAGAAAGAGAAUUGAAUGAAAAAUUAAAAGCAAAUUAUGAAAAUGAAAAACAAGAGUAUCUCAAUAAACUAGAAAUUUUUAACAAUGAAGCUGAAAAAGUAUUGUCAGAAAAAGAACAAAUGUGCGUGGAGCUAAAACAAGUAACUGAUCGUGCGGAAGCUCUAGAUGAAAAAGUCAAAGAAUACGAAGAACAUAUAAAGGAGACCAAUGAAAAAUUAUUGUCAAUGGAGUCCGAAUUAUCAGAGCAUAAAACAGCAGGAUCAGAAGCAGCAGAAGCGUCUCAACAUACUGUCGUAAAACUAAAGUCAUUAGUUAAACAGUUAAAAUCUGAGAAUGAAAGAACAGAGAAACAAGUAGAAAUUUUGAAGAAAGAACAUGAAUCAGCCAUCCAAAAACUCAUGCGAGAAAAUGAAGAACAAGUAGAAGAUAUGAAGAACGAGUGUAGCAGCCAAUUAAAAAUGAUUUUGAAAGAAUACAAUUCACAAUUGGAUCAAAAGGAGAACGAAUUCCAAGAAAAUUAUGGAAAAACUAUAGAAAACUCACAGUUAGAGCAAGAAAAAUUGCAGAGAGAGCAUUUACAAGAAGUCGAUGAUUUACACAAGGAGCUUAAUGAAAAAGAUAAAAGAAUGGAAGAAAUGUUUAAUGAACAUGAGCUGCAAUUACAAAUGAGAGAUGAUGAAUUUGAAGAAAAGAUGCAAGGAACCGAAAAACGUAUUUCAGAUUUAGAAAAUGCUAUCGGAGUUAAAGAACAGGAAAUAAAUUUGUUAAAACUAUCUAAUAUGAAGGCUCUAUCAGAGAAAGAUCAAGAAGUUACAGACAUAAGAAAUCAACUAGAAAUUAUUAAAAUGCGCCUAGAAGGAUCGGAAACAGAAAGUUCUCUAUUAGAAAAUCCAGAGGGAACCCCAGAACACAACUUAGAAGUCGAAAAUAUGAAUUUACACGCAAAAGUUAGACAUUAUCAAGGUGAACUUGCUCAAUUAAAACUAAAAGAAAAAGGCAUAAUUCAACAAGGUAGCGAUUUGCCCUCUGCUCUAAAUCAUCAAGCUUAUUUUUCGAAUGAGCCAGUCCUUACUGAACAAACAAAGAUGGAAUAUAUGCGCAAUGUUUUGUAUGAAUAUAUGAUGGGAUCUCACACCAAAACCCUAUCAAAAGUUCUUUGUGAGUUAUUGCAUUUCUCCAAAGAGCAAACAAGAAAAGUUGUAGAGAAAGAAGAGUCUCGAUCAAUAGUAAGUCAUUAAGUUUUUACAUAUUCCGCAAGGUUAAGCUAAUUGUCAAACAAACAAAACAAAAAUAUUUUAAAAAAUCUGUAAUUAUUUUACUAGACCUAAAAUGUUUUGACUGGAUCGAUUUAGGACAUUGGUGAGUUAAUUGGGUCGGGAUUACACGAAUAAAUGAUUGAUUAAAGAUUGCAUAGAACACAUUUUAUAAUUUAUUUGGUAGUGGGUUCUAAUGGCAAUUUAUUAGGAUAUUAGUUGCGAUUUUUUCUAUAAAAAUACUUUGAAAGCGUAAAAAAAACCGCUACUGUUGUGUUGUUCCACUCGUACUACUCCUUCAGAGCAUCUUCGCGCCUUUCGGCUUUGGAUCAACACCAGUGUUGUCACCUCAGCCGUCAUCAUUGUCGUCAUCCUCGCACACCGCUAGUCCUCCAUCUUCGCCGAUACGGCGAAAGGAAAGAAAAAACGUCAACCCUGUUUUCGUGUAGUCUUUCCUGGUGAGGUUGCUGGUUUGAUAUACCAUUAUAUUAUCCAUUUUCCCAACAUACUAUCUGUUGAGUAAAUAUUAUUUCUAUUGUUAAGAAAAAAACACUAGAACUAUUACAAAAAUGUCUAAUAUAAUACAUACAAAAACCAUCUUUGAUAGUGUUAGGAAUCCUCAAUAUAUUUUUGAUCGAAAAAGGAAAUUACCCACCUCAAAUAAUUCAAUCAUAAACAAAUAUGGAAAUUCAAUUAAAUUCAAAUUUUUAAUCCAUCAGGGAUUAUUGUUUACAUAUUAUUUCAAGAUGAUUUAAGAUCGUAAAUAAAAAGAAACAUAGCAGCAUGCAUCUUCUGUUUGGUUAAGCAAUAAUUUAGAAAGGUGCAAAUCGUUUUGUUGCUGUAUAUUGAAAACAGACACUAACACAUAAAAUAUCUAUCAUUUGAAUCUGGUUUAUUCUAGCCAGAUGAAAUAGAAUAAGUUUUAAUUGUGUAUUAUAUUAGCACAUAACUAUCUAAAUCAUAUUUAUACAUAGAUUUUAUGUAUGUAUAAAUAAGAACUUGAGACUUUUCCGUUUUUCUACUCUUCUUAUACUUUUUCACCUGCUUGAUAUCGUUUAUAUCUUUUAUUUUCACAUUGCUGUAUUAUUCAAUACCUGCACUCACCUACCCCCACCCCCCUUUCCGCUCCAUCUCGAAUUAAACAAACUAGGUAACCGUGUUUUUUUCAUUAUGCUUGUUUUUUUACAACCUUCAAACAUAUUUCGGAUAAUCUAUAUAAACUUGAAUAACAUAACUUAGAUAAAUUUUCUCUUUGAACAGGUUUGGGGAAUGACUAGUAGCCCUUUGAAAUUUUCAACACAAUCCUCUAAUAGAUGAUGGUUGGCUUAGAUGUUGGCGAACGAUGGAUAUCUUGUUUACUUUUCUUUUUUGCGGUGCUUGUUCAACAUUCCGUUUAUUUAAAAUAAUUUAACAUUUGCAUUAUUUAUAAAAUUAAAUUUAGCAAUUUACAAUUAUUCACAUCCAAUGAAACUACAACUGAUUGAGUAACAUACUGCCUAAUAAUAAAUACAAAAUCUAAUAUAUAUAUACAGUAUAUAUAUAUAUAUUUGUAUAUAGUAAAAUUGAAUAAACAUACU